AUGCCUCGCGCAAUCAUCUCCCCCUCCGUCCUCGCCUCCGACUUCGGCCAGCUCACUGCGGAAUGUAAACGCAUGAUCAAGGGCGGCGCCGAGUGGCUGCACAUGGAUGUGAUGGACGGGCACUUCGUGCCCAACAUCACGAUGGGCGCGCCCAUCCUCGCCUGUGUUUCCAAGGGCGUCCCGGGCAUUUUCAUGGACUGCCAUAUGAUGGUCUCCAACCCCGAGAAGUGGGUGGACGACAUAGCCGACGCUGGCGGCUCGCUCUACUGCUUCCACCUCGAGGCCGCAUCUGACCCGCUCGCGAUCAUCGACCAAAUCCACCAGCGCAACAUGAAGGCCGGCGUCGCGAUCUCCCCGGACACGCCGUCGACCGCGAUCACGGACGAGAUCGCGCACGCGGCGGACAUGCUGCUCGUCAUGACCGUGUACCCUGGCCGCGGCGGCCAGAAGUUCCUCGACCGCUGCGUGCCCAAGGUCGCGGAUCUGCGUGCGCGCUUCCCCGACAAGGACAUCGAGGUCGACGGCGGUGUGGGCCCCAAGACGAUCGACGUCUGCGCGGACGCGGGGAGCAACGUUAUAGUCGCCGGGACCGCUAUUUUCAAUGCGCCUGAGCCUGAGAAGGUCAUCGAGCUGUUGAAAUCGACCGUGAACACCGCGCAAGCCAAGAUUAGUGCGGCGGCGAAGUAGAGCUUGGGUAGAUUGAGCACAGCAUUGGUCGGAGGCGAAUGUAUUCCAUGUAGCAGUAACGUCCUGCCCUGUAUCACAUAACAUAUAUAACGCGAAAGUAUCAACGGACAAU